AUGGAAGUGCGGAGUCGGGUGGUGGGAUGGUGGGAUGACAGCAGCGGGUGGUGGCUUAUCACUGGCGGAGACGGUGACCGUGCGCUGAUGAUUCAGAUAACGGAUUGCGAUAGUCGUCUCUGCGUACCUACAAGAGGCAUUACAAUCAAGCCCAUCAACAUCAUCUUCGUCCUCCGUCGACUUCGAAACAAUCCGGAACCUUAUGCCUCUAGGCUCGACCGAUGCCCCGAUGCUCUGGUCGAAUUCGAAGAAUUUUUGUUGCAAAAUGACAUCAAAAAGAAAUUCGAAAAAUUCCUGGCAUCCUUCGUGCUUUUCAAAAAGCCAUUAAAAGAGAUCACUACAUCAUUCAUUGAAAAAGUGUAUGAUCUCGAACUGCAGUCUCAGAUAAACUAUUCGGAGGCUGGCGGAAAACAGGCUCUUAAAAGCUUAUGCUCAACGCAAAUAUUGAUAAAAACCCUUGUUGAUCAAUCUCUUUUCGAGAGCAGCGACGAUCCAGCAGCCCUUGCGUGCGCCGAGUUCCGGUACCAGAUGCAGCAUGUCUGUGAUCGCAUCAAAAGCAGCAAACGCCGACAAACUGGGUCGGUUAGCCGAAAAAGGUUGAGCCGGCAAAAGUUAUCUGUUCCAUUGAAAAUGGAAACCCUUGAUAUAGUCGACGAUGGUGGAGCUUCGGAUGCAGCAGAAAGCGUGUGA